CACACGAAGAACGUUUGUAAGCAGAAUACCACGGAAAUAAAAGUUCAUACAUUAUAAUUACAAUAAAUUGGCGACGAGGAAGAACGAGCAUUACGCGUGCUACAUUGCUCAUAGAACAAAGCCGUACAAAUCGAAACUGUGCUGUGUUUGUAUUCAUGGCAUCUCCACCAAGGGAAGCUGGUUCUGCUGCUUAUUCAAUCAUCACUCGCUCCGCUGCUAAGGCUGCUGAUGCUGAUCACUCUACAGAAACUCUCUUCCGCUGAUAAAUCCAGCGGGCAUUGGUUGUUCUUUUGCUGCUGCUGCAGCUGCUGCUGUUGCUACUGCUACUGUUGAUCCUUCUAAUACGACCAGUUACAAGAUCCGACAAUACUGCUGAAAUUACAACUGCUACUGCAGUUGUAAGAAGAUGUCGGGAAUGUUCGUGUUUGAACCAUUUGACCCAACAAACUGCAAAAUCCAAAGAUGGCUGGAAAAACUACAGAUUGCUUUCAAAAUUCAUCGUGUUCCCGAAGAAGACAAACGCGAUUACCUCCUUCACUACAUGAGUAGUGCGACCUACGAUGUAUUGUGCAACAAUCUAAAGAAUGAUGAACCGCAAACAAAAACGUUCGAAGAAAUUGUUGCCAUCCUCAAAGAGCAUUUUAAUCCAAAUCCAUUGGAAAUUUUGGAAAAUUUCAAGUUUGCAAACCGAAAACAACGCGAAAAUGAAUCACUGAGCACAUAUUUGAUGGAAUUAGAAAAGCUUGCUCAAACUUGUAGUUUUGGCGAUUACCUUGACAAAGCCUUGCGAAAUCAACUCGUGUUCGGACUUCAAAACCGUGCGAUACAAUCGCGGCUGCUCGAGAUACGUGACCUGACAUUGGCUAAAGCAAAGGACAUAGCUUUCGGCAUGGAAAUGUCUAACCGAGGUACAGAUGAGAUACAAGGCACCGUUACUCCAUAUCCAGUUCAGUACAUCAUUGCUGCGAAUAAAAAGAAAAGCAAGCCGGCGUCAACUCAACGGAAAGUAACUUGCUAUCGGUGUGGGGAUGGAGACCAUCUUGCGGAUAAGUGCCGACACUUGAAGACAAUUUGCAAUCAUUGCAAUAAGAUGGGGCAUCUUGCAAAAGUAUGCCGGACAAAAGUAAAUCGUUCGAGUGUACACACACUAGAAUGCAGCUCUGAGCUUCCCGCGGACGAUGACGCCAACAUCGUGGACGUGUUCAACAUGAGAACAAUACAAAACAUGGCUGGUCAAUAGAAAAAUCACUAUCCAACCCAACACCUCCAAGUUUUCGGUCGGAGCCUCCAUGUCUAGCAGAGAUAACACCAGAUGCGGAGUUGCGGCGAUCUACGAGGACGAUAAAACCAGUAAAACGUCUAGAUAUAUAGAUUAUUAAUAAAAACUAUUUUCGGGGGGAAGAGCUGUCAUAACCAGCACGUACAGCAAGUUAUCGUAUGAGCCAACCUGACAGGAGGUAGCUGUCAAGAACCGUCAAACGGGGAAUGGGAGAAAAAGUGCGCCAAGAAAAAGCAGCGUCACUUUGCACGUUUGUAAGCAGAAUACCACGGAAAUAAAGUUCAUACAUUAUAAUGACGAUAACUUGAAUACUUGAACACUUUACAAAAUCACAACACCAGUCGUCCAGGACUUAGACUGACACACGUGCGGCCGCUCGCUGCGGAUCCUUGAGCUGUACUGACGAUUUCGUGUGGUAGCAAGAAUGAGAGCACACAGAGGAACUUUCGGUGCAGCAGUGCAAGUGAGACACCGA